CUCCGUGUUAUUUUAGAUGCCACCGUUAUUUAAAAAUUAAAACUUAACCUGAAAAUCCAUCCGUUCAGUUGAUAGAACACUACCAGACAGCCGCCGCCGCCGUCUCCAUUCUCAGGUUUAUAGACUUGAAAAUUUUAAGCAAUACAAUGAGUGAUCCAAAUCAUCAUAGUGAUGAUGAAUUCAACAACGAUGAAGACGAAGACAACAAUGAUGUUUUCAUUGAUGACUCUGAUAUCAUCCAUGAAGUUGCCUCUGACGAUGAACUUCUUCCUGAUGCACCUGACGACAAUCCAGAUGGUCCUGGCGGCUCUCCCGGUCCAGAUGGUGGUGGCGGUGGUGGUAGUGGUUAUGACGAUGAUUCUGUGCAUACAUUCACCGGUCAUGAAGGGGAGUUAUAUACAGUUGCCUGUAGCCCAACAGACGAGGCACUGGUGGCAACAGGAGCUGGUGAUGACGUAGGAUUUCUCUGGAGGAUCCUUAAUGGAGAAUGGGCUUCCCAGCUUAAUGGUCAUAAAGAUUCUGUAUCGAGUUUAGGGUUUAGCCAUGAUGGAACGUUUUUGGCAUCAGGAAGUUUUGAUGGAACUGUUAAAAUCUGGGAUGCAUCUGGAAAUCUGAAAGGCACGCUUGAUGGUCCUGAAGGGGGUGUUGAGUGGCUCAGGUGGCAUCCAAGAGGAAACGUCCUCAUUGCUGGUUUUGAUGAAUCCUCCUCAGUGUGGAUGUGGAAUAGUAAUCUUGACUUCCUUAUGUCGUUUAAUGGUCAUGCUGGUAGUGUGACCUGUGGUGAUUUUACUCCCGAUGGGAGAACAAUAUGUACUGGUUCUGACGAUGCAACCUUGAGAAUAUGGAACCCAAAAAGUGGAGAAAGCAUUCAUGUUGUGCGAGGUCAUCCAUACCAUACCGAGGGAAUAACAUGUUUAGCAAUAAAUUCAACUUCAACUAUUGCUCUUACUGGUUCUGUGGAUGGAUCUGUUCAUAUUGUGAAUAUCACUACAGGAAGAGUUGUUAGUACCCUGCCUUCUCAUUCAAGUUCCAUUGAGUGUGUUGGAUUCGCACCAAGUGGUUCCUGGGCUGCAAUUGGAGGCAUGGAUAAAAUGACCAUCUGGGAUGUAGAGCACUCCUUAGCCCGAAGCAUUUGUGAGCAUGAGUAUGGAGUGACAUGUUCAACCUGGCUUGGCACAUCGUAUGUGGCUACUGGAUCUAAUGAUGGAGCUGUGAGAUUAUGGGACAGUCGAUCUGGUGAAUGUGUCAGAACAUUUAGAGGGCACUCUGAAAGCAUUCAAUCUCUUUCUUUGUCUGCUAAUCAAGAGUACCUUGUCUCGGCUUCUUUAGAUCACACAGCUCGUGUUUUCGAUGUUAAAGGAGUUUGUUAAGCAAAAUCGUUUGUUUGAUUGCAUAUGAUAUGGGGUUGUCAAUCAUCUAAUCGAAACCCCUUUUUUGGGCACACAAGCAUGUAUACGUCCUUUAGGACAGCGGGCGUUCCUCUACAGAAGUCAGAUUGUUAUUUUAUGUUAUGUUGUGGUAGAGUCAAAAACUGUUGCAUAAGGUUUCGAAUUUUGACGGACCUAGACAUUCUAGAGCAGAAUUUUUUUUUUUGAACAAUUCUAGAGCAGAAAUUUGAUUGUCUUUUAAGGUUAUAUUUCCUUUUUAAUAUUAAUUUUGAAUGAAAUUGAUACUAA